AGUAGACACCUUCAGUGCUGUGUGGGGGGACACGUUAUUUUCAACUUUUUAUCAAGUCAACAUGAAGAUCAUCCAGCUUCAGCUCUAUGCAUUGAUCUUUUGUCAAGCUGCAGUUUCAGAUUUCCUGACUGAUUUGGGAUCAAAUGUGACCAUAAACUGUGAUCUUGAUGAAAAUGAGGUUUAUUGGAUUUUACAGAAAACACCAGAUCCUCCAACACUGAUUCUACGAUCAAUGUCAACCUCAACAACACCUUUUUACUUCAAUAAAACAUUCAGAAAGAAAUAUUCAGUGCAGUUUAAACAUUGUCUUGUUAUAAAUAAUGUGACUGCUGAUGAAUUAGGAGUUUAUUACUGUAUGAACACAGCGAAACAACCAAAAUUCAGCAACAUCUCUAGACUAAAACCACCUCAACUAACUGAACUAAUUGAGUGUCACAAUCAUACAGUGGUGGAUAUUAUUGAUCAGAAUCAGACAAAAUGGCAGAUUAUAUUUUUCAUAUCUGGUCUGCUGUUUGGGCUUCUGGUUAUUUUACUGAUCGGACUAUCAAAAGUUUUUGCUCUUAGAAAUAGAAAGUAUCCAGAAAGCGCACGGCAACUUCAGAUGCAAGUUAUAGAACAGCAGCAAGAACCAGACCAGUUACAGUACGCUGAGGUGGACUUCACCAAGCUGCGUAGAAAUAUUCGGUCCAGCCAAGUCAACAGCACCUAUGCCACUCUAAGCCUGCCGAAGUCAUGAUCGCAUGAGUAUAAAUGAUCUCAUAUAUAUAUUAUUUUCUUGAAAUUUAUGCAACUUAUAAUCAAAUUGUUUCGCAGCUCUGCUGACAUAUUUAAC